AUGGGUUCCGGUUCAAGCAAAAGACAGGCGAAUAAACAUACUCAGUUCCCAUCACCAAAAUCGAGGCCAUCUGCGGAUGUACGGCCAAGAAGACAUGCACCUGUAAUAUCGCAUUCCCAGCCAGAAACAAUAGAUGUAGCCAGUCUCAACGACAUUGUUGAAGAAGUCGAUUUUUCAUCAAUUAUUGAGGCGGAAAUUAAAUUAGAUCCAACUACUACAGGUGUGUCAACUGAAGGUUCAUUGAGUACUGCUAAUCUUCGACAGAAAGAAUCACACGAAAUUGGGUGGCAAGAAAAAUAUUUUGUUCAUGGAGAUUCUUCAGAUAUUGUGGCCGAUGUGCAAAGCCAAGUUCAUGGUUGUGUAUGCUCAUCUGUUUCAGAAGACAUUAAUGUCUACAUAUCCAGUCUUCAUAAAAUUAGUAUGCAAUCAGAUGAGAUUCUUAAACAACGAUUAUCCAUGAUGACAUCAGUCGAAGCGGCAACUAUCACUAAACUAGUUCAACAACGACAAAUUCUCAUCGAGCAAAUAAUAAAAAAGGGUGCUGACGAAAUGGAUAAAUCUGAAGGGCACUACCGAAAGAUAAUAGAAGAAUUCAUAGCUAAAUUAGAAGUCGAAAUGUCGAAGCAUUUGGAUGAAUUACAAGCACGAAUGGAAGAUGAAAAAACAAUGGUUUUUGAAAGUUCACAUGAUAGCUUGCAACUGCUAGCAGUAAACGUUCAAGAAGCUAAAGCUAAACUUCUUCGAACAGUAGAACUUUCUACUACAUCAAAACGUCAAGAAAUAUUAAGACAAAUAGUCCAAGUUUCCUCGGAUACGAAACGUCAACUGAUUGGUUAUGAACAAUUAAGAAAACUUAAUAUGGACAUUUAUUCUACUGUUGGCACUAAAGAAGACGUGCAAGGGUGUGAUAAGAUAACGGAUAGAAACAAAUAUAAAAAACUCAUUAAUGAUGCUAAACCGCAUCAACAAAUGAAAAGAACUCUUUUUCUUGGAAAUAAUCCCAAUGCCUGA